GUGUGCGAUAGCGGUCUAUCUGCAGAGCGCCAGCAGUAGCCAGCAGGCAGUGGCCAGGGGCAGUAACAGCCAGCGGACAGCAUGCUGCGCCUCGGGUUCUUGGGCGCCGGAAAGAUGGCGCAUGCGCUCGCCAACGGCUUCCUUGCAGCAGGUCUCACAAAAGCUGAUGCCAUUAUUGCCAGUUGUGAUCCAUCAGACAAUUCUUCUAUUGAAUCAUUCCAGAAACUUGGUGCAAAUGUGUUGUUCUGUAACUCAUCUGUCAUGAAGCAGUGCAAUGUGAUAUUUUUGGCAGUGAAACCAGUGGUGGUACCACUAGUCCUCAGUGACAUAAAACCUGUCAUAUCUGAAAAACAUUUAUUGCUCUCAAUAGCCAUGGGGAUUUCAAUAGAAGAAAUAGAGAUGAGCCUACCCAAAGAUGUUCGUGUAAUCAGGGUGAUGCCUAAUACUCCAGCAACUGUUCGUUGUGCGGCAUCAGUAUUCUCUUGUGGAAGUGCAGCCAGACCUGAGGACAUAAAUUUGACAAAAAAGUUGUUUGGCUCAAUUGGAACUUGUGAAGAGGUUCCUGAAACUUAUAUGGAUCCUAUUACUGCAUUAAGUGGGUCUGGUCCAGCAUAUGUGUAUGCAAUCAUGGAAGCAUUAUGUACUGGAGGUGUGAGGAUGGGCCUACCAAGGGAAUUGGCCAGAAGGCUAGUGACACAAACUGUACUAGGUGCAGCCAAGACAGCAGUAGAGUCAAACCAACACUUAUCACAACUUUGUGAUGAUGUGACUUCCCCUGCAGGUUCCACUGCCGAGGCUCUUUAUUGGCUGGAACAGAGCAGACUACGAGCUGCACUAAUAGGAGCAGUUGAAGUUGCCACAAAGAAGUGUAAAGAAGUGAAUUUGAAGAGAUAAUUUUUAACCAUAAGUACCUACAGCACAGGACAUCACAUCACUACAAGAAGAACUAAAAUGCAUAAGAGCAUAAAAAACCACAACAUUGGCUAUGUGUGUGUGUGUGUGUGUGUGUGUGUGUGUGCGCGCGUGCGCGUGCACACAUAGUAAGUGGCGAGAGAGAGAGAGAGAGAGAGAGAGAGAGAGAGAGAGAGAGAGAGAGAGAUAUGGAUUUGGGGGGGGCUGUAAAGGAGAGAAUAGGCUACUUGCAUAUAUUGUCAAGUGCCAUAUAUAACAAAGAAGGAGCCAUAUAAUUUCUCAUGAAGUAACAUAUUUCAUAAUUUAUUGCUGAAACAAAGACUGCAGAACAAAAAAUAGGCUUUAUAGGCAUUUGUAACUGAUCUGGACAUGUUGUUGUAAUUCAGAUUGCCACAGUACUUGCAUUCAUACUGCAUUCAUUGGGCAUAUCUGACAACUAUUUAUUGAGAAUAUACACAUUUCAUUCAAGGAACUUUUAAUGAAUCUAAGAACUACCUGUUACUUAACAUUAAAAACAAUAAAGAAAAUUUUCAAAUGA